UUGGCGUACGGUAACGUGUUCGGGAUCUACACCGUACAAUUGCCCAAAUUACUGUACAUGUACGGUAAUUACCGUACGAAUGGCUACCAUCGUGUUGAUACUGAUAACCUCUGUGAUCUGUGUCUGUGAACGUUGUACUUGUCAAUUACUUGUCUUCAUCUAUGGUAAAAGUAAGGUUAAGUGCAAAAAGUGUUGAUUGUUGUGGGCGCAUUUAUUAUUUCUGUUUUCUUGAUAAUUAUAUUGUUUUCAAUUACACUGACCGCACUGAAACCUAUGAAAUUUUAGCCUCAAUGGCUAACAACCAUUAAAUACCGGAAUAACAUUUAACUCAGCUUAGUGGAGCGUGCAGUCUUUCAUGGAGCUUUGAGAGGCUCUAGUGGGUAAAGAGUGUGUUUUCCUGAUACGAAAUGGCUAAAAUGAACGAAAGUGAUCUCUACGGAACAAACUUAUCCAUCGAGUCAAUGAAAGUGGUCGCUGAAAGCAUUGGAAUUGGCAAUUUGCAAGAUGAGGCUGCCAAAGAGUUGUCAGAGGACAUUUCCUUUCAAUUAAAACACAUCAUACAAGACGCUGCUAAAUCUAUGAAUCACUCGAAAAGAAUGAAACUGUUGCAGUCUGAUGUUGAUUCGGCGUUGAAAGCUCGAAACAUCGAGCCUCAAUAUGGUUUUCACUCCGCUGAACCGUUGCCGUUCAGAUUUGCUUCUGGUGGGGGAAGGGAGCUACAUUUUAUUGAGGAGAAGGAGGUUGACUUGGGGGAACUGCUGAAUGGUAUCAGUCCAAAAGCCCCGUUAGAAGUUGGUCUCAGAUCCCAUUGGUUGUGCAUUGAUGGAAUUCAACCAACCAUCCCAGAAAAUCCUCCUCCCGUUGCUAAAACGAUUCAGAAGUUGGAAUCAGUUGAUCCGAUUAACAAGAAGCCACUGAAGGAGUCAGCAGGCAAACCGAGUACAGGCAAGCAGAAGCUGAAAAAUGUGGAAACUGUUCAAAUCAAACAGCUUGCUACUCAUGAACUAUCAGUUGAACAGCAGCUUUACUACAAGGAAAUCACUGAGGCGUGCGUUGGAUCAGAUGAAGCUAAACGAGCCGAAGCCCUGCAAAGCUUGUCGACGGACCCUGGGCUGCAUGAAAUGUUGCCGAGAAUGUGCACUUUUAUCAUCGAAGGAGUUCGGGUUAAUGUGGUUCAAAACAAUUUGGCCCUCUUGAUUUACCUGAUGCGUAUGGUUAAGGCGCUGCUGGACAACCAGUCGUUGUACUUAGAGAAAUAUCUGCAUGAGCUAAUUCCUUCGGUCUCCACAUGCAUUGUUUCAAAGCAACUGUGCAUGCGACCUGAACUGGAUAAUCACUGGGCGCUGCGGGACUUUGCUUCCCGACUAAUGUCGCAGAUUUGCAAAAAUUUCAACACCAGCACCAACAAUAUUCAGACGAGGAUAACCAGAAUGUUUACCAAUGCGUUGCAGCAGGGUGAAAAAAUACCCCUAUCAUCGUUGUAUGGGGCGCUUCAAGGAUUAUCUGAGUUGGGUACGGAAGUGACCCGAAUUUUCAUUUUGCCUAAAAUUCGCAGCUUUGGGGCGAGAAUCGAGACCCAUUUGGAAGGCAACUUGACGACGAACACGGACAAAACAGCCUCCGGCCACAUAAAGCAGCUGCUGAUCAAAAUAAUUGCCCCCAUUAUAAAAACCAUUAGAAAUCCCCCGGAUAGCUUAGAGGAAUAUAAGCAGGAGUUCGGAUAUUUGGGAAUAUCUUUGCACGCUGCGGUGGUGAAGGCGCGCACACAACCUACUCCUGUUUCCACGGCGGCGUCAGUUGUUUCCACAUCUGCGAUCACUUCAGUGGGCCAAAGUAUUGCUCGCCCCAUGACUUCAUCAGGAAUCGUGCAGCAGGGCAACCAGCCAACUAGAACUAUCGUUAUGAGUCAACAGUCGCAAAGGAUAUCAGUUCAGCAGAAUUCGCAACAAAAGGUCGUUUUUAUGCCGCAACGGUCGCAGCCAAACACAGCUUCACAUCCUCAGUUCAGCCAAUCGAACUCCGCAGGAACUACCGUUGUUAAACUGGUGUCCAGCGGCCAAACAGUCAACCAACCAAAGCUGAUACAAAGCCAGUCCCAAAAGCUGGUUGUGAUGUCCAACCAAAGUGCAUUCUCAACGCAUUCGCCUUUGAGUCAGGGCCAAAGCAAUAUAGUAAAACAAAACUUUAUUAAUCAGCAACAGAUGCAGCAAAUGCAACAGUUGCAAACUCAAAAAAGUAUCGACGAUCUGCCGAUUUAGAUUUUGAGCAUGUCUCCUGAGAGAGUCCUCUUUGAGACUGUGAUCUGUGCUUUACAGGAUUUUAAUCCAGACUAAUUUUACAGUCAGGAGUGCUAAUUGUUAUGUUACAGUAUGUAAUCGUGCAGUCUGCGCUGAAAUAUGACGUAAUUGUAACUUAUCAACUUUUAACUAAAAUAUUGUUUCUU